GCGCAGCCAGUUUGCAUACAUUGUGUGGUAAAUAAUGGACUUGACCAGCGACUACGCGCAUCGGCGUAUUGUGAAAUUGCUGACGAUCACGCUGGUAGUCUUUUUGACCGCCUUUGGACUCCUGGCCAACCGCUAUCGCCCGGGAAGCCGUGAAAAGUUCCGCUUCUCAAAGGCUUUUCUGGCCUACGACUUGCUAUGGACCACUGCAUUCAGCUUGGUUUACGGACGGCAGAUCUACAAGGACUACAGCCAGGGUGAGAUCAACAUGAAGGACGCCACCACACUGUACAGCUACAUGAACAUCACGGUGGCUGUGAUCAACUAUGUGACGCAGAUGAUGAUCAGUGGCCAUGUGGCCAAGAUGAUGAGCAGAGUGCCGUUCUUCGAAACCCUGAAAACAUUUCGUCUCGACAGCCGGUCACUGUACAAAUCCAUCGCUCUGACUUUGGUCAAGUCAUUUGGGUUUCCCUUGACCCUCGAAGUGGCUUUUAUACUGCAGCAGAGGCGGCAACAUCCGGAGAUGAGUUUCAUCUGGACCGUGUACAGGCUGUUUCCCUUGGUUAUCUCGAAUCUGCUGAACAACUGCUACUUUGGAGCAAUGGUGGCGGUGAAGGUAAUGCUCAAUGCUCUGAACGCCAGACUGGAAUCACAACUGCAGGAGGUAAACAUGCUGCAGCGGAAGGAUCAGCUGAAGCUAUACACCAGCUACUACCGCAUGCAGCGAUUUUGUACCAUGGCCGAUGAACUGGACCAGCUAGAGCAUCGCUACUGGCUGAUAUAUGUACAUGCCGGGAAGUAUCUUACUCCCAUGGCCCUGUCUAUGAUCCUGUCGCUCGUAUGCCACCUGCUGGGCAUCACAGUGGGUUUCUACACACUGUACUCCGCCAUGGCGGACACCUUCAUCAUGGGCAAGCCGUACGAUGGCCUGGGAUCGCUGAUCAGCUUGGUUUUUCUGCUCAUUUCGCUGGCGGAGAUCUCAUUGCUGGCGCUCUUGUGCAGCAACCUGUUGGAGGCCACCCGGAGACCAGCGCUCAUCCUCCAGGAGAUGAAUCUCCGGCACGCGGACUGUCGCUAUCGCCGGGCAGUCCAUGGCUUCACCCUGCUAGUCACCGUGACCAAGUUCCAGAUUAAGCCGCUGGGUUUGUACGAGAUGGACACGCGGCUGAUCAGCAAUGUCUUCUCGGCGGUGGCCAGUUUCCUGCUGAUCCUGGUCCAGGCUGAUCUCUACCAGCGUUUCAAGGAGUACUAAAUAUGUUACUUUAAUGGUGUUACCCACCUGGCUGA